AUGGAAGCCCAAGUCUUUACUCCAGACGCCGCUCAAGAUGCACUCAAUGCUGCGAUCAAAGCUAUUCCCGCACAAGAAAUCGAUUCAACGUUCAAAUCCAGCAGCAUUGACCUCGUAAACAAAGCACUUGGCUCCAAAAUCCUUUCCUUCUCCGACGAAUGGUUCGCCGCGGCCGAGAACCUCACCACACCCACCCCGCCAAUCCGCAAACCAGGCGUCUUCACCUACGCCGGAGCCUGGUACGACGGCUGGGAGACCCGACGCCAUAACACAGAAGAAUACGAUUGGGUGGUAAUCAAACUCGGCGUCGCGAGUGGAAAAGUAAGAGGCGUAGAAAUCGACACAGCAUUCUUCGACGGAAACCAUGCACCCGAGAUCGCGGUCCAAGGAACCUUCAACACAGAAGAUGUCGCCGACUCAGAAGUCUCGAAAAAGGAAUACAGAAAAUGGGAAACGAUCCUAGAAAAACAACCCUGUGGUCCCAGUCGUAGACAAGCCUGGAAACUCCCCAGCAUCACGGAAAAUCCCUACACUCACGUCCGUUUACUGAUGUACCCAGACGGCGGCAUCGCCAGGUUCCGACUCUUUGGAGACGUAGUUCCAGUCUUGCCCCAAGACGUGAAUGCAAUUUUCGAUUUGGCAGCUACAGUCAACGGCGGCGUAGCAGUUUCCUGCAGCGACCAACAUUUCGGAACAAAAGAUAAUUUACUCCUCCCCGGACGGGGUGUGGAUAUGGGUGAUGGAUGGGAGACGAAGAGAAGCCGAGGCGAACAUAUCGAUUGGACGAUCAUAAAAUUAGGGACUCCGGGUCAGAUUGUGAAGGUUGUGGUUGAUACGGCGCAUUUUCGAGGGAAUUUUCCGCAGAAGGUGCAGGUUUUUGCUGCGGAGAGGGAUGGGAGUCGCGUGCCGGGACAUGAGGAUAAGGGGUGGGUGGAGGUUUUGAGUCCGGUUAAGCCGGGACCGGAUCGGGAACAUGAGUAUGUUGCUGGAAAGGAGUUGAAGGAGGUGGAGGGGAGGAAGUAUGGGUUUGCGAAAUUGGUUAUUAUUCCGGAUGGUGGGGUGAAGAGGAUAAGGGUUUUUGGUAAGAGGGCGUAA